CAGUAUAUAACCCGGGCAGCUGCAUGCAGGCACAGCGGUCAUUCAGAGCGGCGGCAGCGGUGAGGACGACAUGCAACGGCUCCUUCUCCUCUCCCUGCUGCUGACAGCAAAGGCACAACCGGACUGCGGGGACGACCACGGCAAGCGCGGCUGUCACGAUGGAAACAUCUCAUGCGGACGCCGCGGUCGGCUGUGUGCAGGCGGAGGACCGUGCCUGCCUUGGGAGCGGUUCUGCGACGGCCACCCGGAUUGCCCGGACGGUUCCGACGAGUCCGCACCCGCCUGCCCGCACCCGCCAGCCCUGCCUCAGCCAACGUGCGGAAAGGACGCCUUCCGGUGUGCGCCGGACACCGCCUGUUUCACCCUGGCGUGGGUGUGCGACGGCCAUGCGGACUGUUUAGAUGGCCGAGACGAAUGGGGGUGCAACUCGGAUUUGCCCCUUGUGCCUUCGGUACUGCCAAAAGCCAACCACACAGAUGGCACGUCCACCCCGGAAAUUAAUUAUGAUACAGAAACUGUGAUGCCUGAGAACUUGUUAACGACCCUCUUCAACGGCACGGUUGCCCCGGAAAUUAAUUACGAAAAAGGAACUGUGAUGUCCGAGAUUUUGUUAACGACCCUCUUCAUGCUUAUGGCCUUUGCAGCCGUUGUCGUCACUGUGACCUGCUUCCAUUUCAAAACGAAGCUGUUCCUUGCAGACUUCAAGCUGGAUAAAGCCACGCAGCAGCUGAUGCUAGAGGAGGCCUCCCUCCCUUCCCAAGAGGGAGCUUCCCGUUGCUACGAAGUGUGACCCGGCCACAACCCAGACCUCACUUCCCACUCCCAGGAACGUUUGCUCAAGACGGUUGGCGAUCAGGUGGCCGCUGUGCUUGGAACCAUUGAAGAAUCUGGAGGGGGUGUGUGUCCCCUGCUAUCAGAGAAUCAAGAACGGUCCGAUUUCACGUGCAUGAACUCAGCGGAGCGGCCUUUGUCACAUGAAGAAUCCCAGUAGAUGCCCUCGAUCAAGAACUUAAGAUGCAUAUUGAAGUAAAAAAGGAUAACCUCUUCCUCGGGACGGACUUCCCUGCUGCCGGUCCGAAGGGGCCGUGCAGAUGCUGCACUUGUGUCCUUCAUGGGCCUCCCCUGGUUCCACUUUCUUUGCACUCCACAGACCUUUCUCUUGUUGUGCAAACGUGCUGCUGCCGUUUUAAGUUCCCUUUUUCAUUUCAAUUCCAGCUCCUUAACAUUUCAGAGUGGUGGGGGCACGCUCCCCAUAGCUUACGCGCUGCCGUUCGUUUUCCUGCUUACCCGGGAGCAACAUCUGCAGCACCGGGCUCUUUGGUUCCGUCCCCAUGUUCUCGGUGUCCCACAUAUUUCUUUCGGUGCUCCCGGUUCUUGAUCUCCUUGUGGCUUUGAGUCCAACACCUUAAAGUCCCGGCUUCCGUAAAGCCCGCGCACGAGAGAAGGGUCCAAGCCCCCAAACGGCUUUGCAGAUAUAUAGGAAGCGAGAAUAAAUUAGUAAAUCGGCUCCUGCUGGUACAAGAAAUUCAGUUUCUUGAGCUGCUUUGCAAGAACUCAAACUGAAUUUCUGUUCGCCCCGAGCGACGUUUCUAUUGGGCAAGUUUCUGUUUUGUUGGAGUUCCCGUCUCUUUUUAUUUCCUGUCUUUCCUUCCCUCUAUGGUAGCAAAAAGCCACGGAAGGCAAUUGCCACGAGCCAAUCAUAUACCACGUCUGUUUUGUAUGGCGUACUCUCAUGGCAAAAAAUAAAAAAAGCCGGCUUUGGGAGCACCUUCCAGAAAUCCUGAUUUUGGGUGUGCCGCUGCGUGCAAACAAAGUGUCCGCCGUACGCACCGCUGUUUUGCCUUGAGGGCUUCGUUGGGCGUUGUGCAUGUCCCCCCACAAUUGCUAACGUUGGAGAGGUGGGCGGGUGUGCUUUCUGGGCCUGGGGGAAGUGCACAGAUUCCCCCAGCCACGCUAAUGCCGUGGCCGAGGGAAUCCGCUCACUGAUCUGGAGGUCGUGGAGAGACCUUCUGCAUUGCACCCAGUUAUCCCAGUAGCUAUUGCUGCUUUAAGCUCCUCCCUCACCCAGUGACCUCCGUGGGCAUCGCCGCAUCUGCCCUACCAGAUUAGCUAUGCUGACCCGGGGCGGAGGGGGAUUUGGCAGGAGCCGUACAACCCAUGUCCAGGGCACUGUAGUGGUUUUCAGGGUCUUUCUAAAACGCCGUCUCUGUCCGUCUUCGAGAACCCCGCUCCGGAACCGUUGACACAGAACACCUCUCUGAAACCAUACAGGAUUAAAAAGAACAUUUUCUCCUCUUCCAAACAACCUUUUGGUUGCCUGCCUGUUGUCUCGUUGCUCUUCC